CUAACUGAACUACAAAUCUCACGUAAAGCAACUACUUCCAGUCACUCUGCAAAAUACAGACUCAAUUUCCAGCCAUGGGAAGAUUCCGCGAGGGCAAGAAAAGGGGAGCUAUCCGAAAACUGAAAAACCCAACUAAGUUACUAAGUCCAGCAGUAGCAAAUGGGAACGGGAAAAACUCAAUGAGCAAUCUAAUGCUUCAAGGACCAUCAAUUGCAGCUGGAGGUCAUGUGGAAGGCUUUCGUAGCCAAAAACUGCAUUUACAAAUUGAAAUCAUUGAUAUUUAUUCAAGCUGUCCGGAAAGUCAGUUCAACAAGGUUGGGGAAGAUCAAGUAGGUACUCCCUCACAAGGUUCUAGCCCGGUUCCGGGUUUCAAAGGCCAC